UAAAUAAAAUGUCACCACGUCCCUCGUUGGCGCCCAGCGAGGACAGCAGCUAUGGCGGCGGCGGCUAUCAACAGCAGUCACAGGACGCCUAUGCGGCCAAUCAGAACAAUAACAAUAAUAACAACACAACAGGCGGCAGCAGCACAGGCAGUGCGAAUUCAUCGAAAAACGAGCCAGGGCGGCGUGCGGGGGCGUGUCGUGUAUGCUUGAAAUCCUUCAAGCCCGACGACUAUCACAAGACGUGCUUCGAGUGUCAGCAGCGUGUGUGCGAGGAUUGUGCCAGCUAUAGUAAGCUGGAGGAGAACGAAGAUGCGAAUAUGUGGCGCUGCAGUGUGUGCCGACGAAAGAUGGCCUCGCGUGUGUGCAUCCCACAAGACUCAACUGACUCCAUGUUGGACGUGCCCGUGCUGGAGGCGCUGCAACGACGUCACUCCGAUGCAAAACUCGGCUCAACACAGACACUGGCACCGGCAAAUGGUGCCGCAUUGGCACCGCCGCGCAGUCCCGAACUGCGUCGCCAUUCGGAUGUCUCACCCGCCUCGCUCAAAGAACUCGAAAAGUUGAAGGGCAAUAAAACACCGGGCGGUGAUUUGGACUUUCGCAAGGGUGGACGCAGCAUGGCGCCGAGUCGUUCGUCGAGCCCGCCACGGCAGGCGGAUCUGGAGCAGCAACCGCCUUUUGGACCGCCCCUGUCGCGCAUUGCUUCGCGGCGGGGUUCGCGUGUGGCGCGGCAGCACAGCUAUGACGAUGACAUGAAUAGUGCGGCCAUGGCAGCGGCGGCUGGCGCGGGCGGCGCUUUGGGUGCGGCUGGUGCACUAGGCAUGGUGGGCGGUGACCCUGGACUCGGCAUACCAGCAAUGCCGAGGAGAAAAUCCGCAUACGACGUCUUCGCGCCAAAUCUGCUGCAGAGUGCGGCGCCAGCUACUGCAGCACAGCUACAACGAUCACCUGGCGAUGGCAUGUCUCCUCAGAUUGCUUUGCCCGGUUCGCGGCGACCCUCCUUCCGUGUGCCGCAUCCUUCCGAGGAUUUGCAGAACGAUGAGUCACCAAGUCCGGACAAGGGCAGCCCAGUGCUAACGGUGGACGACGACAGGCGCAUACGACGGCGUGGAUCACAGCUCCCUGAUUUGGCCGCGUUACAGCAACGCGGUGCUUUACCAACCAACCUGCCGGCCACCAUACCCCCUCCACUCGCCGCCUUUACUGGCCCAAACUUGGAGGACCUGGAGGCACCUCGGCGUCAAACAUCGAUGGAUGGCGAAGCUAUUAAAAUUGUCAUACACGACGUGGACUCGGGUCCUAUUUGCUCAUCGAAACGAAGAAUUGUAUUGCGCAGAGAUCCCACAGACAAGGCCCAUCGCA